AUGGAGAGUUCGGGGUUGGGUGCUGUGGAUUGCGACGUUGGAUCGAUUGUGUGGGUUCGAAGAAGGAAUGGUUCGUGGUGGCCGGGUCAAAUACUUGGCCCCGAUCACCUUUCUGCUUCUCAUCUCACCUCACCUCGUUCAGGAACUCCCGUUAAGCUUCUCGGAAGGGAAGAUGCGAGCAUAGAUUGGUACAAUUUGGAGAAAUCCAAGCGUGUGAAGACAUUCAGGUGCGGUGAGUUUGAUGGAUGUAUUGAAAGGGCGGAGUCUGCCCAGGGUAUGCCGUUAAAGAAAAGAGAGAAAUAUGCACGCAGAGAAGAUGCUAUUCUUCAUGCUCUUGAACUUGAGAGGCAAAUGUUAAAGAAGCAAGAAAAAAUAGGACUGGAGCAAGUAGGUGUUGCACACCGAUCAAAGAGGAGCAAAUGUGUUUAUUUUCCAGCGGAGUCUAGUGAUUCUCUGGAUUAUAAGGAUAUUCCUGCCAAUGUUGCAAUGUCGGCUUCCCAACAUGGAGGGGAGUAUGCUUAUUGCAGUUCUUUGGCUGAUGAGAGUGAAUCUGCUUUUAUGGAUGUUGUUGAAUCUGAUCCUUUUGAAACUGAUUCUGCUAAUGUGGAUUCAGAUUCCUCUGAAAUGGAACUUGACAAGGAUGACGAGAUGACUACACUUUCAGAAACUGGUCGUGAUACUGAAGAACAAGAAAGCACUAGCAGUGAGGAACUUGAUGAGUUGACAAUGUCUAGUGACAUGCCUCACCUUUAUCUUCGUGAGCAUAUAUCAUGUAAUGAAGCGGUAUCCAAAUGGAAGUUAAAAGGAAAAAGGAAUAAUCGUAAUCUUGUGAAAAGAUCUGUUGGUGCUGCUGAUGGGAAAGGAGUUGCUUUAUAUGGAGCAGAUGUUGAAGGACUGAGAAGUCGUUUAAAUCACAAGAGAUUAGAUCCGAGUUUCCAUUACUAUGCGAAUGGUAUUAAUGAUGUUUUUGAUGACACAGAUCAAAUGUUUGGAUAUGAAGAUGAAUAUUCUCCAACUUCCAAACCGCUGGUAAAAGGUCAUAAUAAAAUUGGUCAUGGUGUUGAAUGGGAUGAAUGGGCUUGGGAGGAUCAGACUGCUUUGAAAGGAUAUUGGGAAAGUAAAGUGUUUGCUCCAUUAUAUGGUGAUCGUUAUAAUAUUGAUGGAAAGAGGUCGAUGUUGGUAGAUGUAGACUUGAAGGUUCAAGCAAGUUAUCGGAAAGCGCCUGUCCCCAUUGUUUCUAUCACAAGUAAGCUAGAUGGGAAGUCAAUAAUAGGGCACCCAAUCCAAAUUGAGGCCCUUAAGGAUGGUUCGUCGGAUAAUCUUUUGUCUGCAGUUGAUGACUUUAGUUACGACGGUAUUGGCUUUGAGGGAAGUAGUGUACUUCCACCAGCUUGGAGAACUGCAAGGAGAACAGCAAAUUUUCGUGUUCCUCGUCCCCUUGUAUUGUCAUCUAAUGGUGCUGAGAGUGAUGCGGAUUUUUCCAUUGAUCAAGAAAGAAGUAUUGAAUAUAAGAAAUUAAAUGGUGGAAGUUCCAGUCAUAAGGCAAGCCUUUCCAGGAAGAGUGGCCUUAACAGUUAUGUGCCUUUAGACAAGAAAUCCACAAAAAAAAUGCCAAAGAAAGUGAGCAUGUCAUCAUCUAGUCAGAAAACUAGAACUCUAUCCUCAUUAUCUAUUGAAAGUAAUCUUGGUAAAAAGCAAUUACAUGAUAGAAGUUAUUAUCAAACAAAUAGGUUGAUUAAACCAGAGGUCUCUGGGCUGACUACUGUCUCUUGCAUACCAGUGAAAUUAGUAUUUAGUAGAUUACUUGAGAAGAUUAAUAGGCCACCUUUAAAAGCAGCUAGUAAUGCGGCUUUGUCAAAUACUGGUUUGGAGAGAAAGUAA